GGAGGAAAAGCAAGGGGCGCAGUAAUGUGUGGGGCCGCAGCAGACGAGCAGGGGUGAGACCGGUCUGAAGACGCUGCCCGCGUGCCCGCAACCGCUCCGCUGACGACUCCGCAACUGUCCGCUCGCGCGCUCGCUCGCUCGCGCGCGCGCUUUGCGCUGCGUGCCGUUGUAGUUGCGUCCAUUAGCGCGGUUAUUGCCGCUGUCACCCGAACAACAAGCUGACACCGUCGCAUCGUCCCGAUCGGACUUGAGGCGCCACAUACAGGCGGCUAUAAGAAGAGCGUCACUUUUGUUUUCUUGCCAGGCUGUCAGUUUAGCCUCCGCUAAAAAAAAAAAAAACCCCAAAAAAAACAGGAACCAAAACGGGAUCAUAUACCUGUGGAUUUAAUCGCGAUUCCAGCAUCUGGGAUUAUUCUGGGCAGAGAUGCGCUGAUGGGCCCCGGCGAUGCCCCGCACAUGAAGCAGAAGAAGUCCAAGUUUGUCGGAGGUGUUUUCCUCAAGACGAUGAGCGGCUCUGCGCGGACGGCGCUGCUCCUCCUCAUCUGCGCCUCCUUCACGCCGGUCACUGCCAGCACCUUGACAGAUUUGGAGUUUAACCGAAGCCCUGAUUCCAUCGUUUCGUCGCUGGGGAAGCCUGUGAAAUUGCACUGCAGCCUGAAGGGUACGGGGGGUGAGGAGGAGGACCCCCCCGAUGUGGUGUGGCUGAGAGACGGUCAGCCGCUGGAGUUUGCUGACACCAACCAGGUCCAAGUCCAGAUUGGUGAUGAAAGUUGGAUGAUUAUCAGCACACUCAGGAUCGAGAAGGUCCAGCUCCCCGACAUGGGCUCCUACCGCUGUGCCGUGCUGUCAGAGGGCCCCAAGACUGUGUCUGAGGAGGGGAGCAUCCAGCUAGAGGGGCUGCCUCAUUUCUCUGUGGAGCCCCAGCACAUGUCCGUCACGGCCAACGUGUCCGUCAGCCUGCGCUGCGUGGCCCACGGCCCCCCGGAGCCGGUCAGGGUCAUCUGGCUUCAGGAUGGAGCGCCGCUCAACGCCCUGACGGACCCCGUGGCCCUUUCUCCAUCCAUGCUCAACCUCACAGGUUUGAACAGGACCAGCACCUUCUCUUGUGAGGCGCAUAACCGCAAAGGCGUGGCUACCUCCGGUUCUGGUACCAUCACAGUUCUUCCAGACCACCCUCAGAGACUGAGAGCAGUGGAGAUCACACAGAGCAGCCUGCGUUUGACAUGGCAGCCUGGCUUUGGAGGAGACUACCCCAUUAUCCAAUGUUCUGUUCAGGCCAAGCGUUCGGGCGUGUCCCUCAGCCGCAGGCCCGGGGAGAAAUGAUCCACAACCGGCACUGUCAACGUGCCCCCGGCAUCCCACCUCAUCGAGGAUCUGGCCCACAGCCCCUACGCUGUCAGAGUGGCCUGUCACAGCAGCCAGGGGCCCUCCGAGUGGACCCCGUGGAUGGAGCUGAGGACCAAAGAAGGAGUACCCGAUAACCCUCCGGUCAACGUCAGCGCUCAGCUCAACGGCACAGAGGUGCUGAUGAUGUGGCAGGGACCCCCUGGAAGGCUUAAUGGAGAUCUGCAGGGCUACAUGGUGGAAUAUGGCACCCCUAGCAUGGGGCAGGCUGUCGUGGACACUGGGUUGGACACGGAGCUGUCAAUCAAUCUGUCGGCGCCGCUUUCCAAUGUGUCAUUCAGAGUGUGUGCCUAUACGGGGGCGGGUCAAGGACCCUGGACCCCAGUACAGACCCUGACCCUCAUCACUCCUGAAAAGGAAGAACUGAAAUCAAGAGGUCUGUCAUCGCCCCCGGCCUUUUCCUGGCACUGGUGGUAUGUGGUGAUGGCUGUUGCUGGUGCCGUGUCCAUAGCUGUGCUCAUGGCUGUUUACGUGGCCAAGCUGCGACGCAAGGAGACACGUUUCGGCGAGGCGUUUGAGCCCAUGAUGGAGAGCGGGGAGCUGGUGGUGAGGUACCGUGCACGCCGCACCUACAGCCGCAGAACGACAGAAGCCACAUUGAACAGCCUGGGUAUCAGCGACGAGCUGAAACAGAAGCUUCAGGAUGUGAUGGUGGACAGACAUAAGCUAACCCUUGGAAAGACACUGGGAGAGGGAGAGUUUGGCUCGGUCAUGGAGGGGCUGCUGACUCAGGAGGAGUCUGUUCUUAAAGUUGCAGUAAAAACCAUGAAGAUUGCCAUUUGCACACGCACCGAGAUGGAGGACUUCCUCCGCGAGGCCGCAUGCAUGAAGGAGUUCGACCACCUCAAUGUCAUGAGGUUGCUAGGGGUGUGUCUGCAGACUGUGGAGAGUGAGGGCUACCCCUCGCCUGUAGUCAUCCUGCCCUACAUGAAACAUGGAGACCUGCACAGCUAUCUGCUCUACUCCAGACUGGGAGACUGCCCCGUGUAUCUUCCAUCUCAGAUGCUGGUGAAGUUCAUGACCGACAUUGCCCGAGGGAUGGAGUACCUCAGCGGCAAGAACUUCAUCCACAGGGACCUCGCCGCUCGCAACUGCAUGCUGAAUGAGAACAUGAACGUGUGCGUGGCCGACUUUGGCCUCUCCAAAAAGAUCUACAACGGAGACUAUUACCGACAGGGCCGGAUCUCCAAGAUGCCCGUCAAGUGGAUUGCCAUUGAAAGCUUAGCUGACCGCGUCUAUACCACAAAGAGCGACGUGUGGUCAUUUGGAGUAACUAUGUGGGAGAUAGCCACCCGUGGUCAGACGCCGUACCCGGGUGUGGAGAACAGCGAGAUCUACGAUUACCUGAGACAAGGCAACCGUCUCAAACAGCCGCCUGACUGUCUAGACUGCAUCUAUGCCCUGAUGUUCUCCUGCUGGCUCCUGAGUCCCAAGGAUCGCCCGGGGUUCGAAUCCCUCCGCUGCGAGCUGGAGAAGGCCCUUGAGGAGCUACCGGACCCCCAGGACCCGGAUGAGAUCCUCUACGUCAACAUGGAGGAGUCUUCCUCCGAGCUUGGGGCCGUUGGGGGCCGCGAACCUGCCAGCAACUCCUCCCCUCUUUGCCUGAAGGGCCUGGACUCCGUCACCACGGUGGAGGUGCACCACCCUAACCGUUACGUCCUCUGUCCGCAGCACGAGACCAACCGUACCCUCUCUGACUCCCUGGAGAGCCUGGACAUGCCCGUGUCAUCCUCCACGGCCACGCUGCCCCUUCAGCCCUCCUGCUGCUCCACGCCCACCCUGACCACAGCCCCCACCCCGACCGUGGAGGUGCUGGAAGACAGGGAAGGAGGCGGCUCCAGGCGAGUACCCUGGCAGUGAGGACGCCACUCCCAAGACGAGACAGACUUAAGACUGGCCACGAUCACUGUGACCGUGUGCCGCACCCCCCCACCCCAACACCACAACUACAUCUCUCCUAUUGGUACUAACUGUAUCAGACUCAGAGCACCCCCUACCUACAUUUUGCACAAAUACACUCACUCACACCUGCAGACACACACAUGGACAUACACACGGAUGCACUCACACACACAUGCACGCACAAACACAUAUGUGUCUUAAAGGGAAACUAUCAUAAUUUUCAACUUUUCAGUUAUCUCUGCAUAUGUGCUGUAGGACUAACACUCGGCUAUAAUACUGUGCAGUUUUCUUAACCUUUAUUUUACCAAGCUAAUCACAAAGAACAGAUUAUUAUUUACAAUGGUGGCCUGGCAAGAGGCAGAUAGUCUCUUGAGGUAAGGGGGAAAAGGAGUUAAAGGGACAAAAGUGCACACCCGGAUAGGAAGAUGCAUGUCAUACUGCAAAAAGCAAUAAUUAACAGCAGUAGACAGAGGAUCAGAGAGAAAAAAAAUACAACGAAUAUCUCGUGUGUCUCUCUGAAACGACGCUCCAAUUUUACAGAAAAGAAAUGGCUGCCAGUGACGUCACUGGUGGGCAAUCUGUGAAUGUGAAAACUACACUUAACUCCUCGAUUUAUGCCACCUACGGUCGGCUACACCGACAAAAUAGACUGCAUCGUUUGUGAAAAUGUGAAUAACAAUAUUAUACACAGCCCUGUAGCAAAUGUCACCGAACGCCACGUAAAGAUGGCGAUUCUUUCUGCACAAUCCGGGGCGGCGUUUUCCAGACCCGCAGAGCACUGCUAGCCGCUAUGGCUGCUAACGGAGUGUUAGCCCGCACUGCUAGCCGCUAUGGCUGCUAACGGAGUGUUAGCCCGCACUGCUAGCUGUCAUGGCUGCUAACGGAGUGUUAGCCCGCACUGCUAGCUGCUAUGGCUACUAACGGAGUGUUAGCCCGCACUGCUAGCUGCUAUGGCUGCUAACGGAGUGUUAGCCCGCACUGCUAGCUGUCAUCGCCGCUAACGGAGUGUUAGCCCGCACUGCUAGCCGCUAUGGCUGCUAACGGAGUGUUAGCCCGCACUGCUAGCUGUCAUGGCUGCUAACGGAGUGUUAGCCCGCACUGCUAGCUGCUAUGGCUGCUAACGGAGUGUUAGCCCGGACUGCAAGCCGCUAUGGCUGCUAACGGAGUGUUAGCCCGCACUGCUAGCUGCUAACGGAGUGUUAGCCCUACACCAGAGAUAACGUUGAAAGCGGUGAUCGUUUCCCUUUAAGGUACUUUAGGGAAGUGAAGGAAAAGGGAUUCUAUUGUUCCUUAACCGCGUGUAUCCUCUCAAACGAGCGCAUAGCCAUUGUGGGUGUAAAACUAACGGGUGACCGCCGCAGCAGGAGGGAGACCGUUACGGCCGAGCGUUCGGAGCACAUGCGGCCGUUACCCGCAUUCACUGCAGCGCAAUCAGACAGAAAAACAAACCCCACCGCAACAACAGGACACCUCCGCCCGACUCCCCGAAUCUCCGCCGCUUGUUAAAGCUGAAAAAUAAAAAAUGAAAAAGACGUUUCCGUAAAGCCAGCUCAGACACUGCCGCACCGCGCUCGCUCACCUGCCGAGCGGCGAACAAACUCUCAGGAGCUCGAACUGUUUCCUACGAGUUCAGCACAAAACGUGAACGCACGCACCCACGCACGCAUGCGCACACACACACUUCCUGUAAGCGCAGGAUCACCACGAGGUGGCCUCAGCCACCCGAAUCCCCACUUCUGCAUCGCUUUAGAGGUGUAGGCUUCCUUAAAGAUCCAGUUCAAUGAUUUUGAUUCGGUCAGAAAAGCUUCAUCACGGAUUACUGUAAACUACUAAUAAGACACGUUAACCCCUAGCUAGCGGAGUCCAACCCUUUAGCCGAGCGGUUAGUGAUGUCGCCUUGUGGUGCAGUACACACCGUAUCGAAUCCCGCACCGGGCAAGAAAAUAACCGGUUACGUUAUUAACUAUUAUUUGAUUUUUUUUCUAACUGUUGUAGCCGGGUUGCAAGACUGUCGAUAGCUGGCUAACAUGCACGACGUUGCUAGGCGACUUUCCCAAAACAGACCAGACCACCUGACAGACUGCUGAUGACAAUUCAAUUGACUGGCCUAAUCAAAUCAGGGUUUUAUUGCCUGAGGCAGAUUGGUUUUCUGAAACGGUUUAAUUGUGCUGACAGCCCGGAGGCUAACGUAGUUUAUGGAGAAACUUUAGUUGUAUUUUCAAAACAGCAGCAGCUCCAAUAUUUUUGGUGACUUCUAAAUUGAUUAACGACCCUUAAAAAAGCGCAGAAGAUGAUUUUCAUUGGACCGGAUCUUCAAAAAUUCUGAAGGGACAAAGGGGACUUGAGAGAUGGAUAAACAGCAGCUUGUCCUCCGUUCGACGUUGCUGUCAGGAGAACACAACACUGAUCAUGGCACACUUCCUUCCUCCAGCAGACUCCUAGAAAUAAGUUAGUAGCAUCCGGUCCAGGGGUCCUACUUCUAAAUGAAUGGACUAUGACAUGAUAUAAGGAGAUAUGCACCGUCCCUUUAGGCUAAUUACAUUUUUAUGGAAGUCACUCUACUGACUACAGGGGGGGAUUUGGGUUAUUUUGUGGGCCAGCCCUUCACAACUUCCUGCUUUUUUCACAACUCAGGAAGAUUAGACUCGGUUCAACAAGGAAAGAAGUACAGUACCAAUCAAGUCUGGUGGCAUUCACAGGGAACAGAGGACAAAGACUGGGUAAUCUUGAGGGGUAAGGACAGACUUGCCGGGAGAGUUUUGGCAUGCCGGUGUUACCCAAAGCUGUUCAGUAUGUGGGAUGCUCUUUACACCCCAGCUCUCCGACGAUGUUGUGGCUCAAGCACAGUAUUAUUAUGUGUUUUGCUCCUAUGAAUUUUGUUUCAUUGCUGUUUAAUUGCAUCCAUACACCUUUUGCACUAAUGGUAUCGUGUUUUGUUUUUGUUCUUUUUUCUACCAUGUAUGUUUAUAUUUGCUUGGUCUCCUGCGCGUUUUCAUUUUAUUUUCUAAAUUGCUUUUUGUACAUUCUUAGCUUGUUGGACAUCUUGUGACGUUAUCCACCAAUACCAACAUAUAUGUUCAUAAAGGCCUCGCCUACGUGCCAUUUUGGUCAUGUUUAGACUGGAAGCAAAUUCAACUGUUUGUCAAAUCUGAUCUUUGGGACGGAUGCCCACAUUGUUAAUUGCAAGCGAUCAGGUGGGAUUUGUGUGUUCAGACAUCAUUCAUCCGUCUUCACUGGUCACUGUGGUAAAAAUGUAGGCACGCACUGUAAGUAUGCUAACCAGAACCAAAACAGUGGUAGGCCAUGAGGAAUGGAGAUGUCCUCUCACUCCUCAUGCCAUGGAACCGUCUUGUGGCGGUGCAGAACUCCUCCGUCAUACCAGACGGCAUCAGCGAUGGAGGAGGUUGAUGUAUAUGCAGCCAUUUUUUAUGCUGCAGUCACACCAGAAAGGACACUGGCUUCUGAUUUGAGCAGCCAGACUAAGACGCGUCUAGAAAUUCGAUUCGAAUCACACAAACCAUCUAUGAACGUGGUUUUAAAAGUGAUUUGUAAAAAUCACUUCAGUGUUUUUGUUUUGUUUUUUUUGCGUCUGAUUCCAAUCUGGAUAUGCUAAAAAUGAGAUCUGAGCUGGCAGUCUGAACAUGGACAAGUAAGGCCUGGUUACAGUACAAGAAGGACACUGUGGACUGUUUUUCCGUUGCUGAGCAAGAGGGAGACUCAGAAACAUGACUAAACCUCUGUAUGGAUGACUUCAUCCUGCCUCUGUGCCUUCCCUUCACACAGGGAUAUUUUGGUUUCCAGAGGUUACGCACUGUAAAUAGACAUUUAUUAGCGUUGGAAAGUGGACAGAGUUGGAAGGCAAUGACUUUAAGGAGAACGUUAAGGGAAAACAAAACCAACAACCUUCUUCUUUCAGAACAUUCACACACUGCAACUUUGCAUCACACGUGCACUUAUUUUUUUUUUUUUAUUUUUUUUUUUGUACUUUACUUUUAUUGGCCUAGAUUUAAGCAUUUCUCAUUGGGAUGGACUUGACCAUACUCCAGCACACUUUUUGGGGAGAAAACAAAAUUGGGUUAAGUCAAGUGAUACGUGGCUUGUCUGGAUUAAGGGUACUUUACCUAUCAAAGUGAACAUAGUGGUAUUUUUCUAGAACUACUGCAUUACUGAAAUGCUAUGAGACAGCUAGCGUACAUCUCCGGCUUUACCUCUGGUACUGUAUAUAUCCAAAUCUUGGUCCUGUAUUGUGUGUGAAACACAGAAACUGAGGCUCAGCCACUCCAUACCUAUAUCUGACUAGGUCUCGUGCAAAAACAAAAAGUAAAGGGUACGAAGCUGUGUGAAUGGAAUGUACAUUUUUAUCAUUAAAAAUACAAAGUUAAUCUUCUUGGUAGUUUACAGUUUAUACUGAAAUUCCCUCCAUGAUUAUUUUCUUUUAGCUCAGCUUUAUCCUUACGUGUCAUUAUAUUUUUUACACUCCAGCACUAAAAGGUGCCUUCAGAGAGCCAUUAUUAUGCAUUAAAGUUCAUUAGUGUUUGGUUUUGGCCUACUUUAGUUUUAUACAUAGUAUGUUGAACUGGGAGGAGACCGUGCCGUGAUUACAUUCAUACGGUCACUGCCCCGAUUUGUAAACCGAAUAUUUUUUAUACCUUUUGUAUAUGAAAUAAAUGUGUUUCCCGAA